AGAUUACAGCAUAUAGAAAAUCUUAGCUCUUGCCCAUUCUUCGAGUUCGAAAAAAAAAAAAAAGAAUUUAGAUGUUUCUUUCGUUGAAACAAAUUAUACACAAAUGUGUAAAAUUUCAGUAGGAAUGACGACUUGCUUCACCUGUUUGGUCCUCUCCCGAUGGCGUCUGCUCUCAUUCAGAACCCUAAGCCUCUUCUCCACGGCCUCUGCAUCCUUCCUUCCAUACCAUGCCGAUACGUCGGAGCUAGACUCUUCCUUGGACCCCUACGCCGCUCUCCAGACGCGGAAGCAGCUUACAGAGGAGAGGGUAAUCGCUUACCUAAUGAAGUAUCAACACAAACCCUCCACGGCGUUGGGCUUCUUCCAAAGGUUCCAGCUGCGGGAAGUAGAAGUCCUCGCAUUGAACUCCCUCUGCGUUCUUUUACACAUCCUUGUUCGCUCCGACAUGCACCGCAGUGCGAAUGAGCUGCUUUGGAAGUCACUCCCGGCCAGUUCCAACCCUAGCCCUUCCGCUGUAGCGGUUGCUCUUAUCGAUGCUUCUAAGAGGCAUGUCUCUGAACCUCGCACCUUCGAUUUCUUGCUGUUUUUUUAUGUCCAUGCAGGGAGGAUCGACGAUGCCGUGGAAGCGUUUAGCCAAAUGGUUAAAUAUGGGAUCUUUCCAGGUGUCAAAGCGAGAAAUGAUCUGUUGGCCGCUUUAGUUCGGCUUAAUUCUUUUGAUAGGGCUCGAGAUCUUUAUCAUGAAAUGUCGGCUUUCGAAAUGGAGUUUGAUUGUUGUACUUGUGAUAUAAUGAUGCACUCUUGCUUGAAAGAAGGGAAGCCAAACCAGGCUGAGGCAUACUUCAGGGAUUUGUCUCACAAGGGUUUUAAGGCUGAUGCACGUGCGUAUACUAAGAUAAUACAGGCAGUUUGUAAGGAAUCCCAUUCAAAGAGGGCAUGCGAGCUCCUGAGUGAGAUGAAAUCGAAAGGUUUUGAUCCUUCUGAAUUUGUGUAUACCACUGUGAUCGGAGCUUGUGUGAAGGAUGGGCAUAUGGUUGAUGCAUUAAGAUUAAAAGAUGAGAUGCUCAAUGAUGGCCUGCCUUGGAAUUUAGUUGUUGCCACUAGUCUGAUGAAGGGAUACUGCGCCCAAGGAGAUUUAGAUGGUGGUUUUAGCUUGCUUUCCACCAUUCGUGAAGAGGGGAUUGACCCUAAUAAUGUCACUUAUGCAACUCUGAUUGAGGGCUGUUAUAAAAGUGGAAAACAUGAGCAGGCAUAUGAGCUUUACUGCGAUAUGAAGCAGAUGGGUCUUGUUCCUAACGUCUUCAUCACCAACUCUGUUAUACGAGGUUUCUUAAAAAGUGGUAAAUCUAAGGAGGCGUUUUGUUUAUUUGAUGAGGCAGUUGCUUCAGGUAUUGCAAAUGUGUUUACCUAUAAUGAUAUUAUGCACUGGUUAUCUCGGUCUGGUAGGUUACAGGAAGCUUGUGCUCUCUGGGUUAAGAUGGAGGACAGAGGGGUGGAACCUACCGUAGUUUCUUACAAUAAUCUUCUGCUUGGCCAUUGCAAACAAAAGGACAUGGAUUCAGCAGCUAAGUUGUUUUCCCAAAUGUUUGAGAAAGGUAUCAAACCCAAUGUCAGAACUUAUACAAUCUUAAUCAAUGGGUAUAUGAAAAAAGAGGACUUUGGUAGGGCUUUUGAUCUUCUAACCAAAAUGAAUGAGGCUGGCAUUGCUUGCAAUGAUCAUACCUAUCAUGUAUGUAUAGAUGGCCUCUGCAAAGACGGUCAAAUAUCGGAAGCAUUUGAAUUGCUGCACAAGUUUAGGGCGGAGGGGUUCAUCCCUAGCUGCAGGACUUAUAAUAGUAUCAUUGAUGGGUUUUGCAAAAUGGGCAUGAUGAAUGUAGCAGCAUCAUUUUUUCAGAAAAUGUGUGCUGAUGGUAUACUUCCUAAUGUUAUUACUUACACUUGUUUGAUAGAUGGCUAUUGCAAAAGUAGUUGCACUGAUCUUGCCCAGAAGUUGUUGACUGAAAUGGGAAGGAAAAAACUUGUGUGUGAUAUUGCAGCUUAUAAUGCGCUUAUUGCUGGGUUUUGUAACGAGGGAAAUAUGGAACGCGCUCUCUUACUUCUUGAUGAGAUUUCCAAAGCUGGCCUAGGACCUACUGCUGUCAUCUAUAAUUGCCUUAUGUCAGGUUAUAAAAAAUUGAACAAUAUGGAAGCUGCAUUUGAUUUGCUUAGGAGAAUGAAGGAAGAAGGAAUUGCAUGUGAUACAGCCACAUAUACAACCUUAAUUGAUGGAUCACUAAAAGCUGGUAAUCUAAUUCUUGCUUCAGAUCUGUACUCUGAGAUGUUAGCAAGUGGUAAUGUCCCAGAUUCUAUCACGUUCACUGCAAUGACACAGACUUUUUGUGAUAAAGGAAAUUCUGCAAAUGCUUACAAGAUGUUGCAUCAGAUGGAUAAGGCAGGCGUGCAACCUAAUGUUCUUGUCUACAACAUUCUUAUCUCUCGAUAUUUUAGAGAAGGCAAUUUCCAAGAGGCCUACAGAUUGCAUGAUGAAAUGCUUGAUAUGGGACUGGAGCCUGAUGAUAGAACUUAUGAUAUUCUUGUAAGCCUAAAACUAGGAGGCAAGCCAUUAGAAAAUGUUAACUCACAUUUUUAAUUGGUUGUCUCCGAGUGAAUUUUGCUAUGAAAGUUUCCUAGUACGCAAAAUGGCCAAGGUGUGAGGAGGGCUCAAACCAGCAUUCUAGCAUUUUAUAAUGAAUAGUACGGUAUGUAUCAUGCCACAGUUCUAAAUUCUAAAAGUAUACUAUGAAAGUCCACUUUUAGCUUUAUUUUCAUUUAUAUGGUGUUUCACUAAUCAUGCCUUAUGUUUCUAAU